GUUUUGCGUUUCUCUUUCAUUUGGUUCUUUCGUUUUUCCCAAGGCUGUUAUAAAAAUAGAUGCCAACUGACACUAAAGACUGCAGACAGUGAGUUAUAAGCCAUCCGCUUUCUCGGAAAAGUUUGAUGUUGUCAUCGAUAGCGCUUAUUCAGGACGUGUUUCCCUCUGAUAAAUUGGAGUGAGUUGCAGAAAAACACACGCGAGUGAUCAGACAAGGCGAGGCUCCUCCCUCACUCACACACACUAAAAACACGACACAAGAGAUACAAACACUCCGGCCGGACUCAUCUUCAUCACAAUCAUUAGAGUCUCUGGAGAAUUCAGGAGAAACUGACUCUGAAAGCUGGACAUGCAUUUCUGCAUAAGGAUCAUUCAAUAACCAGCAGCAUCUGUUUAAUAUCCUCCUUUAAAAUCUUCAUCCAGCUGGGAGAAACACGAAGACUUGUGCAGGAUGUUUUCGUCAGUGAAGCCGUUUGAAGGCCAGGAGUUUUCAGCCCUGAGGAAACAGUGUCAGCAGAACCACACGCUGUUUGAAGACCCAGUUUUUCGUGCGGAGGAUCAGUCGCUCUUCCUUCAGGGAAACCGCCUGGGAAAAGUCACCUGGAAGAGGCCGAAGGAUCUGUGUGAAGACCCUCAUCUGUUUGUGAACGGCAUCAGUGCUCAUGAUCUGAACCAGGGGCAGCUGGGAAACUGCUGGUUCGUGGCCGCCUGCUCCAGUCUGGCCUCCAGAGAAGCCCUAUGGCAGAAGGUCAUUCCGGAUUGGAAGGACCAGGAAUGGGACAAGAAUAAACCGGAGAGCUAUGCUGGGAUUUUUCACUUUCGGUUCUGGCGUUUUGGAGAUUGGGUCGACGUUGUCAUUGAUGACCGACUGCCAACCGCAAACGGGAAGCUCAUAUACUGCCACUCCAACGACAGUAAUGAGUUCUGGAGUGCUCUGGUGGAGAAAGCCUACGCAAAGAUGUGUGGCUGUUAUGAGGCUCUGGAUGGUGGAAACACGGCAGAUGCUCUGGUGGACUUCACCGGAGGUGUUUCUGAGCCCAUGGAUCUGCUGGAAGGAAAGUUUGCUCAGGAUGAAGAGGCUCGGCAUCAGCUGUUUGAUCGAGUCCUGAAGGUCCACAACAGAGGAGGCCUCAUCAGCUGCUCCAUCAGAGCCACAACUCAGGCAGACAUGGAGGCGCGUCUGGACUGUGGUCUGGUCAAAGGUCACGCAUACGCCGUCACAGAUGUGCGCAAAGUGCGUUUGGGCUCCGGCCUACUGGCCUUCUUCAAGUCAGAAAAACUAUCCAUGAUUCGCAUGAGGAAUCCAUGGGGCCAGAGAGAGUGGAACGGGGCCUGGAGCGACAGCUCAGAGGAGUGGAAGCGGGUCAGUAAAGGCGAGCGGGAGCGUUUGGGUGUGACCGUGGAGGACGACGGAGAGUUCUGGAUGGAUUUCGAUGACUUCUGCAAGCAUUUCACAGACUUGAUUCUGUGUCGUCUGAUCAACACGUCAUACCUGAGCAUCCAUAAGACCUGGGAGGAGGAAGUGAUGCGGGGCUGCUGGAGCCGCCAUGAUGACCCGCUGAGGAACCGGAGCGGAGGCUGCAUCAACCACAAGACCACAUUCCUGCAGAACCCACAGUACGUGUUUGACGUGACGAAGGCUGAGGACGAGGUUUUGAUCUGCUUACAGCAGCAGGAUAAGAGAGCUCGAGCUAAAGGAGAAAACAUGGCCAUCGGCUUCGACAUACAAAGAGUGGAGCUGAACCGCAUAUACCGCAUGCACUCCAUCCAGAAAUCAGUGGGCAGCUCCAUCUACAUCAACUCCCGGAGUGUGUUUCUGCGCAAGGACCUAAAGGAAGGCCGCUAUGUCAUCGUGCCAUCCACCUUUGACCCGGGCAUGCCGGGCGACUUUCUGCUGCGCAUCUUCACUGAUGUGCCUUCAGACUGCAAAGAGCUGACAGUAGACGAGCCACCGCAGACGUGCUGGACCAGUUGUUGUGGGUAUCCUAAACUGGUGACCCAGGUUCAUGUUAUCAGAGCAGAUGGACUCAAGGCUCUGGAUGGAGAUGGAUCGUCUGACCCGUACAUCAUCAUCAGCUGUGAAGGAGAGAAGGUUUGCUCUCCGGUGCACAAAGACACACAGAGUCCAGACUUCGACGUCAAGGCUGUUUUCUACAGGAAGAAGCCCAAACAGCCCAUUCGCAUUCAGAUCUACAACAAGAACCUCCUGAGCGACUCGUUUAUGGGUCAGGUGACUCUAAACGGCGACCUGUCUGACCUGCAGCAGCUUCACACCCUCCGCCUGCAGGAUAAGGGCAGCCGCAAAAACAAUGAUCUCCCGGGCUUGCUGUCGGUCAGCCUGACCACCAGCGACGUCCUCACCAACAUCUGACCGUCAGCACCUUCUGCUCUGCUGGUAAAACACUUCACGUGCUGCAUCACGCAUAUAAUGCUCUUUUUCUCUCGGGAAUGUUUCUUGGAUGCAAAAUGUACCUGUUUACUUCUCUUAAAGGGACAGUUCACUUAAAAUGUACAAGUAAUGACUGUUUACGUAUGCUAAAGCUUUUAUUAGUUGUUGUUUUCCUGUCGUAAAAAAAAA